AUGCUGCUCUUCGUCCUGCCGUGCCUUCUGGGAAUCUGGCCAACGGCUCGUUGUGCUGGUGCUGGGCCGGAAAGGCUGCGGCGGGGGAGGCUGUCUCCCUCUGGCAUGAUCCUCCUGAGCUUGGGCGCCUCCCGCUUCUGCCUGCAGUGGGUUGGAACGGUGAACAGCUUCUAGGCCGAGUACAGCAGAGGUCCUGCACGGCAGUUCUUUGGUCUCCAUUGGGACUUCCUGAACUCAGCCACCUUCUGGUUCAGCUCCUGGCACAGUGUCCUCUUCUGCAUGAAGAUCACUAACUUCACCCACCCCACCUUCCUCUGGCUCAAGUGGAUCCCAGGGUCAGUGCCCUGGCUCCUCAUGGCUCCUCUCCUGAUCUCCUUCAUCGUCACUCUGCUCUUCUUUUGGGGAAACCAUGCUGUGUGUGAAGGAUUCUUAACUAGAAAGUUUCCUGGGAACAUGACCUUCAGACAGUGGAGCAGGACACUGGAAGUUCACUACUUCUUGCCCCUGAAGCUGAUCACCCGGUUAGUUCCUUGCUCUGUUUUUCUCAUCUCAGUUGCGCUGUUGAUUAAUUCUCUGAGGAGGCACACACCGAGGAUGUGGCUCAGCGCCCACAGGCCACAGGACCCCGGUGCCCAGGCUCACACCAGAGCUCUGAAGUCGCUCGUCUCCUUCCUCAUUCCUGAUGCUCUGUCCCUCGCAUCCCUGGUCAUCGAUGCUGCAGGUUUCUUCUCAGAGAGCGACUGGUACUGGCCGUGGCAGAUUUUAAUCUACCUGUGCAUGUCUGUCCAUCCGUUUCUCAUCUCCAGCAACCUCAGGCUUCGAGGGGUGUGCAGACAGCUACUGCUGCUGGCCAGGGGCUUCUGGGUGGCCUAG